AUUGCUAUAAGUCAAAAUAUAGGGUAGUCGGGCGGUUCUCUUGGUCGUCGCCUGCUGCCUGACGUGCGGCUCGGUUAUUUUUUUUUUAGUGCUCCGCGCGUGUUCUCACGCGAAAUUGGAUAGCGGACUUCAACACGUGUUGGGCAAAUGCAAAUCACCAGUGCCUUUACAAUAAUAAUCGAGCAAUAAGACUGUGUAACAAAAAUGGGGUGCAGUGCCAGAUACUGUUUACUGAUUUUGUCAUUGUGCCUAGUGACUGAACUAACGUUUGGUGUGAGAGUGGCGCCUAAGCGAAAGAAAGAAGCAAACAACGCCCCAGAUGACCAGUCUACGUCAGCGUCGUGGUGGCAAGCAGGCACAGCAACGCCCUUCCGCGGGAGUAGCAACUCCUACGCCUCUACACAUGGCCUAGUCCAAACUCACCCGAGCAGCAACGAUCCUUACAGUCCGUUUGUAUCGCUGGAUAGCACGAUUGAUCCAUCGCCAAACCCAUUUGUACAUACAAGCGGCAGCGGUCCGCUUAGUGGCAACUUCAGAAAUAACCGCCUGCCGCCAUUAGCAAGGCCAGAAAACGGCAAGCUGUCUCUGAAACAUUUGGACUUCACGAGUAGUGCUACUGCUGAACUUAGGAGAAAUCCAGCGCUAUCGGCCCCUGAUGAGUGCGCAAGAGCUUGUAGAGAAGACGAGCCACCAAGGAUUUGCUAUUACCACUUCACUCUUGAGUUUUACACUGUAUUAGGAGCGGCUUGCCAGUUAUGUACACCCAAUGCAACCAACGCGGUGUGGUCCCACUGCCAGUGUGUAUUAGCUGAUGGGGUAGAGCGCGGAAUCCUCACUGUCAACAGAAUGUUACCUGGUCCUUCCAUCCAAGUGUGCGAAAACGACAAAGUUGUCAUCGAUGUUGAGAAUCACUUGGAAGGUAUGGAGGUAACCAUUCACUGGCAUGGAAUCUGGCAGCGAGGCUCACAAUACUAUGAUGGAGUGCCGUUUGUAACUCAAUGCCCUAUCCAGCAAGGAAAUACGUUCAGAUAUCAAUGGCAAGGAAAUGCAGGUACCCACUUCUGGCACGCUCACACUGGUCUUCAGAAAUUGGAUGGUAUAUAUGGGAGCAUCAUCGUUCGACAACCUCCUUCCAAAGACCCCAACAGCCAUUUGUAUGACUAUGACUUGACCACUCAUGUUAUUGUUAUGAGUGAUUGGCUUCACGAAGAUGCCACUGAAAGGUUCCCUGGUCGUCUAGCUGUUAACACUGGCCAAGAUCCUGAGAACGUAUUGAUUAACGGAAAAGGACAAUUCAGAGACCCCAACACUGGUUUUAUGACGAACACUCCUCUUGAAGUGUUUACCAUGACACCUGGUAAAAGAUAUAGGUUCAGAAUCAUAAACGCCUUUGCGUCAGUUUGCCCUGCCCAAAUCACUUUCGAAGGACACGAUUUGACAUUAAUUGCAACCGACGGUGAACCGGUUCAACCUGUCAAAAUUAAUACCAUCAUUUCAUUUUCUGGUGAACGUAACGAUGUGGUGAUCCACGCAAAUAAAGAAAGCGCCUCUUGGAUUCAAGUUCGUGGACUUGGAGAAUGCGGUAAUAAGCGCACACAACAAUUGGCUAUCCUUCGUUAUGCUAGAGGACCUUAUCAGCCAUCAUCCCCACCUCCUACUUAUGACGUAGGCCUUCCGCAGGGAGUGGUUAUGAAUCCAUUGGAUGCAAUCUGCGACGUCAAGAGAAACGAUGCGAUCUGCGUCAGUAACUUGAAGUCAGCCAAACCAAUAGACAAAGCCAUUUUGCAAGAACGCCCAGAUGUCAAGAUCUUCCUGCCGUUCAGAUUCCAUUUCUACAAACCCAACGAUCUGUUCAAGGAAAACACGUAUAAAAACUAUUUAGUUGCCCCCACUGGAGACCACGUCCUGAGUUUAGUGGACGAGAUCUCCUACACCGCGCCGCCAGCUCCCCCGCUCUCACAAAUGCAUGAGCUGCCACCCGAACUGUUCUGCAACGGCGACAACAGGCCAGCUGACUGCACUGCUGAUUGCAGAUGCACCCACAUGAUCGAUGUGCCCUUAAAUUCUAUUGUCGAGAUAGUCCUUGUUGAUGAAGUACAGUCGCCAAAUCUUUCCCAUCCGUUCCACCUUCACGGGACGUCUUACAGCGUUAUUGGAAUGGGCCGGUCUCCGGAUAAAAAUAUAAAGAAGAUCAACUUGAAACACGCCCUUGACUUGGACAGGAAGGGCCUUUUACAUAGGCAAUAUGAUCUGCCACCUCUCAAAGAUACUAUAGCCGUACCUAAUAAUGGAUACGUCGUUAUACGGCUGAAAGCCGAUAAUCCAGGAUAUUGGCUGUUUCAUUGCCACUUCAUCUACCACAUAGUAAUUGGAAUGAAUUUAAUAUUACAUAUCGGAACUCAGAAAGAUCUACCGCCAGUGCCACCAAACUUCCCAAGAUGUGGUCACCAUUUACCAUCAAUAACAUCGCCAUCACACUAUCCUAUCGGCUACUAA